AUGAAUUCGCUUGACUCGAUCAAAUCAGCCCUUGCGGACUCGAUUAUCUCUAAUUCGACCCUUAAAGAGGCAGUCGACAUCGCCAGUUUUGUCACCGAUCGUUCAAAGCGAUUCAAGGAUGUUGCACUUGACAACGAUCAAAAGCACAAGCUGCGCCGAGUUCUCAACCAUUUCCUUGUCCCGACCGUCAAACCGAAAUUUGUGGACGAUGAUGCAAGCAUAACCCACGAUGAUGAUCGUGUGCCAGUGGACUGGUUGGCCCAGGCCGAGCAAGAUUUGAAAACACCAACGCGCAUGAUUGAUGUGGACACUAUGAAUAUGGUUCCGACGUAUAGUCUCGGCUUGCAAGAUCAGUACUGUAUCGUGUCUCAUAGCUGGAAAGGCUCCGAGAUUACUUACGGAGACUUCGGUCAGGCUAGAUCAUUCGAGCCGAAAAAAGACCUGGCGAAUACCGAAUCGCAGCCAGCCUCGAAUGACGUGAACAAUGUCGUUAAUAAGUGCAAGUCGGAUAUUGAGAAUCUUCAACAAAAAAUUGAAGCCGCGCUUCCGGACGUCCGCGCCAGAUCCGAUGGACAACGCCCCCAAGAUAUCACCACCCUCCUUCAGUGGUACGCCGAUGCCAAUGGAGCUGAAUGGUCUCUUGGAAGCUCGCAAAAGAAGUUUCAUGAUGCCAAAGCAACCUUGGCAAGUGCCGAAAGAGAAGCUGAGUUCUAUACCACUCUUUCAAACAGCAUCAAUAUUCUCAGCAACGACCUGUCCGGAGCCGAUAAACCAGAUACCUCAGAGAAGGGGCCAGAGAUGAAGCAGGUAGACUCAGCAAUUCUCAGUAUGAAAGAACAUGCACAGGAGAGCUGCUCGCACACGGAAGAAAGGCAUCUCGAAGCCGUGGCACAAAGGGCAGAGCUAGACAGUACGAUUGUUUUCUUCGAUCAGAAUCGUGAGCUCUGCUAUGGAAUUGAGGCACUUCUAGUGGCCUUACAGCACAUCCGUUCUUCACGCAAGAUUCUGAAGUCAAUCUCUCAGACAAAAAAGCUAUUUGAUGCUCACUUUCCUCGAGGAGGGAAGCGAUAUGUCUGGCUUGAUACCUGUUGUAUCAAUAAAGCGGAUAGCUUUGAGUUGACCGAGUCUCUUUCCUUGAUGGGAGACUGGUACACCAAUGCUGAUCUGUGUCUUGUGCAUUUGGAUACCCCACGAGAUGAAAGAUCAUGGAUUGAAGAAUGGAAGUUUUGGAAGGAUCCUUCUCAUGUCCCGGUUCCGCUCAACAUGACCACCUAUGGUCAGAUCGGCGCCGGUGCCAACGACAUAGAAAAGAACAAAUAUCAAGUCGAAUGGGCAACCCGUGGAUGGACAUUGCAAGAGCUGGUUUUGAGCAAGGUGACCUACUACGUCAAUUCUCACUGGCAGAAUCUCACCCGACCUGUUGAAGUCCUGGGCCCCUUGUACUUCCUUCGUCCAUUCAUUCGAAGCUAUUUGCAGCACCCCUAUGUCAAGAAGCAUAAGAACCUAUCUUCUGAUCGCAUUGAGAAGCUCAAGGAAUUGCUCUCCCCAGAGUUUGUCCACCCUGGGAUGUCUCAGGAGCAGGAGCUCACCGUGAUGCUUCUCACACUAGGAUUUGUGGCACCGAGAGGCCUACAGGAGACUUUGGCCGAGUCCCAGAUUGGAAAGGCAGUCCUUACUGCUUCCAGACAGCUCCCUAGUGCUUUGAAAGGUCUAUUAUCCAGUAAGGAUAUUUCCGACACCAGUAUACUGUCGGCCUUCACCGACGAGUCUGCUACCGACGAGUCUGGUAUCGCCGAAAGGAUAACCCUCUUCAACUACUUGUUGUCUGCUUUGGCCAACCUCACAGACGUUCAGGUCCUUGGCGAUCGUCAAUUUAUUGCUAAGUUCAGCAAGGUCGAGAACAUGACGAACUGGAUUAGUGGUACUCUUGGGGAUUCAUCUGCUAGCACUUCCCUUGUCGCGGCAUCAGAGCGUGUGACAACGGUUUCCACUGAUCAGGCAUAUUCUCUGAUGGGUAUUUUGGGUGUGAGGUUUCCAGCCUUCCCUGCAGAAGGUCUUCCUAAGGCUCUUGCACGACUUUUGGAUGAGGUUGUCAUUGCAUACAAUGAUGUCUCGGUUUUCAAUUGGACCGGAAAGCACCGUGGAAGCCCUCUUCACGGUCGAUCUUUGUAUCCCACGAACAUUGACGCUUUUGUCGAUCCUACGAGCAACCCUCUGGUGAAAUCGAAAGCCCAGACAAGCAAACGCAUCUUGGACCUCUUCCGAGCCCAGCGAGUGCGCCAAAGCGAAACUGCAAGCAAUGUGAACAUGCUCCUGGCUGAGAUGCUGGCUCAUAGCAAGAAGCUACCCGAACAAUGCUCAGUGUUUAUCAAACUAGGAGAGUUGGUCACACAGAUCAAAGGUACCAGUUUCGACCGGCUGGGUACUCAUAUUGAAGAAUUAAAGGAAAUCGUCUCCAAGCUUCAGGACUUCACGCCUGAAGAAGCCGAUGAGGAUACUAAAAACCAGUCUCUUGCUGGUAGGUUGAACAAUACCAUGGAGCGAGUUGAUUCAUUCUCCAAAUCCUGGCAGGCGCCUAAGAUUGAAGUCCCCAAAUUUGAGGUACCCAAAAUGUCUUUCGGGUGGAAAAAAGCGCCAGCUGAAAAGGCCCAACCGAGCGAGCCUACGACGCCUAUCAAGCCUCCUCAAACUGCCGAGCCUGCAGAGAAGGAGCCAUCCGCUGCUGUCCUCCAAUACGAGGCACUCGAUCAAAAGAUCCAGGAUGUCAUCAAUGUUCUCAGUGGCACUGUGGAGCCUGAAGUGAGAUCUGACAAAGAUAUCCCACUGGAGGCAAAGCUUGGCACGACCGGAGACAGAAGUAACGAAGAUAACAGCACCCCGGUCCAAAAGCCAGAAGGUAGAAGGAUGGUCUGCCCGAACCCGAUCACAGUUAGCAGUGGUGGCAUUCGGGGAAUCUUCGACAUUCAACGAAUCAUCGUCACGAUGAUUGAACCCGAAGUCCUACGUUCCCGAGUCCGAUCUGCGGUCAGAGGCCAGAAGAUUGAUGGUUGGUGUACUAUCAGCACUGGUCUCUCCGUGACUCUGGUCGCCUUCUCCGCCGAUCGAGAUGUUCUGGCCCAGCAGCUCGACCUAACCGAAGUGAUCAAGAGCCACAUUGACCCCGAAGAGUCUCCCGCAAGUGAUCCGGCAACAGAUACCUCUAAAAGUGAGGAGGGCAUCCUAGAUAAUCUCAAAUUGGAGAAAACACCCGAGCAAGUCAAGGUUGGUCGUAUGAUCAACUUUGUGCAAAAGCAAGAUCUGCACGGUAUCGCCGGAGAAUGGGUGUUGAUCCGCUUCUCGGGUGUGCCUGGAGCCCAGUGGUUCCUCUCUGAAUUGGUACUAGGUGCUGGCAACGACUUCUACGGCAAACGAAUUGCCACAGAUGCUUUCAGCUUCGAGGAUGCAGCUCCAGAGCAAGGACUGACUGAGUAUUGGCAUCAAUUUACCACAGAGAAGAAGGCGCGCACUUGUGAUACCCUUGACAUGUAUCUCAACCGCAAAAAGAUGCUCCAAGCCGCCGGUGGCCAAUUGGACCAGUUACAGAAAGUGGAAAAUCCUUCCCAGGGAGCUGGUAAAGAAGGUUUCCAAGGCGAUUUGGAGAGUGUAUGGGAGAUUGUGCAAAAUGUCUCUCUGGACAAGGUGGUCAAUCUGGGCAAGAUGUCAGGCUUAGGUGUUGGAAGUUUGGGCGCCCAGGUUUGGGCCAACCACCUGGAAGGGCGAAUUGAGAAGGGUGCACUAAAACGCGUACCGGUUCAUUUGAGAACCCCAGUGCGAGAUCUUGAUCAGAACCGGAAGUUGCUGCCAGCCAUGUUCCAUGCUGGACGCGAGAUGCAUAUGUUUUAG